AUGAACAUCACACUCAUUACCACCUUUCUCUCUGUCUCUCUUUCUCUCUAUCUCUCUCUACCUCUCUCUCUCUCUCUCUCUCUCACUCUCUCUCUCUCUCUCUCUAUCGGUCGGUCUGUCUGUCUGUCUGUCUGUCUGUCUGUCUGUCUCUCUCUCUCUCUCUCUCUCUCUCUAUCUAUCUAUCUAUCUAUCUCACUCUUCGUAUCUAUCUACCUCAGGUAUUUCAUUAGCCAUCUCUCUCCCUCUCUUUCUCUCUCUCUCUCUCUCUCUGCAUCACACUACUCUCUUUGUAAAUAUAUUUCACCCUCUGCGUAUCAAAAAUCUCUCUCUCUCUCUCUCUCUCUAUCUAUCUAUCUAUCUAUCUAUCUAUCUAUCUAUAUACAUAUAUAUAUAUAUAUGUAUCACUGUCUUCGUAACUAUCUUCCUCUUCGUUUCAAAUCCACUCCUACGUAUCGAUCUAUCACCCGCUUCAUAUCACAAUUACUCUCUUCAUCUUUCUUUCUUUCUUUCUCUCUCUCUCUCUCUCUCUCUAUAUAUAUAUAUAUAUAUAUAUACAAAACUAUCUGUCUGUUUAUCUAUCUAUCUAUCUAUCUAUCUAUCUAUUUACUUCUUCGUAUCUCACUCACUCUCUUCCUAUGUCUUCUUAAUUCAUGUUCUUUAAUUUCUCUCUCCCCCUCUCUCUAUCUCUUUCCCUCUCCCUUCCUCUCUUUCCUCUUCCCCCUCUCUCUCUCUCCUCACUCCAUCUCUCACUCCGUCUCUCUCCCAUUCUCUUCCGCUCUCACUCCCUCUCUCUCUUAA